UUUGUCUGUUAUGAAUAAAACACAUCUGUCUCUUUUUUAAUGAAGCAUCUUAUUGUGAAAAUCCAGUUGCACUACUUCCUGUCUGCUUUGUCAAGGUGUAUUGCCAUUCAUACCAGGAAACCAGGUGUUUCUCUCCAGGCGUCGAGUCAACACUUUGGCAGUUUAAAGAAACUGUGUGUCUGCCGAUCAUACCAGGAAAUCAGAUCCCUCUCUCUCCAGGCGUCGAGUCGACACUUUGGACGGUCUGAAGAAACUAUCAACAUGAAGAUCUCUAUCUUUGCCGGUGUUCUGCUGCUCUCUGCUGCCGUGCUCUCUGUGGACGGACAGAGUUGGGUUCAGUUUCAAAAUAAGCACAUCAACGAUGGGAUGACUGCUGGCCAAUGUACCGCCGAGAUAGCAGCCAGAAGAAUCGUGACCCCACCCACACUGAAUAACCCAAGAAACAGCUGCAAGGUUUUCAACACCUUCAUCAACACACGGAAUGUGAACGCUGUUUUAGACGUCUGUGUUGGGGGGGGAACACCACAUCGCAACGGUUUUAGAAUUAGCACUGCUACUUUUUCACUUAUCGACUGUAACCUGGUGAAUCAGGUUCCACCGGCCGUUCCCUACAACUGUCGGUACAACGGUGUAGCUCGUAACAACAGAAGGAUUAUAGUCAGAUGUGAAAACGGUCAACCUGUUCACUUUCAUGGAAGUCAGUAAUCCUUUAUUACCUAAUGAACCAGAGUAAUCUAUUACUACCUGAUGAACCAGAGUAAUCUAUUACUAGGUGAUGAAUCAGACUAAUCUAUUACUACCUGAUGACCCAGAGUAAUCUAUUACUACCUGAUGAACCA